CUCUAUGCACCAGAGCUACCAGAGAGAGACAGCCUUGAGAUAUUAAUCGGGGAAUAUUUCACUCACAUCCAUCCCUUGCGUUGCUUUGGCUUUAUUCACAAGCCUUCCUUCAUGCAGCAUCUAGAUGAGGAUCUCGAAAGUUGCCGGAAUAGCGAAUCCCUUCUACACGUCGUUUGUGCAAUGGGUGCCAAGUUGUAUGCUCUCAACUAUGCUCCUCAAUUAUCUCCAGAGACUGUUCUCAUGGCAGGGAGUCAGUGGGCCAAGAUUGCCAAAGCACGAUUAUUCGUGGACCUAGAUGACUUGUCUAUUGAAAAAUUGAUGACUGCAAUUCUAUUAUACGAACACGAUCUUCGAAUAGGAAGCUAUGCCAGUGCAUUUAUGUUGAGUGGUGUAACAGCUCGUAUGUCGCAAGCUUUACAACUGAAUCUUGAGAGUUCUGCAGACUUGCUAUGCUUCAAAGAGGAUUCGACCCCCAUCGUCAAUGAGGCAAGGCGCCGUUUAAUGUGGAGUUGCUAUGUCAUGGAUAGUUGGGUGGGAAGUGGUGUCAACCAGCUAACCUUGCUGGAAGACCGUGAUUUGAAAAUCCAGCUUCCCUGUCACACGCAUAACUUCUCUUUAGGGAUACCCUGUAUCACUGAAAUUUUAGAGGCCGGAAAGGUGGUCAAUUUUGUGCUUCAAGAGCAAGUUCCCACCGACCCUUCUCAAAACAUGGGAAUUGAGGCAUAUUUUAUACGUCUGGUCAGCAGUCGGAAAAAAGUUCUACGGCAAGUCUAUUUCCUGCGCAAAUAUGUGAAACACCUUGAUAACUCAGCACCUCCAUGGCAAGACGAUUCGGAAUUUUCACAGCUAUCGGCAGAAUUUGACUCAUGGAAGGCAUCCCUACCACAGAGUUUGAUCUGGAACCCGGGCGCAAUAUACGCUCGCAAGGAAUCAUCCCAACUUGGUGCAUUGACCCUUUUGUGGUGUACAUACCACCAAACAUUGGUUGACCUCUAUCGUAUCGGCAUGCCAACUCUAUUUCGUAUUCAAAAGCGCAUUUCUUUCCCGCCUAAUCAACAGGAAUUUCUGGAUGACUGCCGAAGAGCGUGUUUUGACAAUGCUCUUGCCGUCUCAAAUAUCAUUUCUGAAGGAUUGCGGCAUGGAGUCAAGGUUCUUACUGAUACUUGGUUUUGUAUAAUUACCCAUGACAGUACCAAGGUAAUGCUUUACUUUCUCAAGUUGAAUGAACAAAUGUCGAGAGGCCUCGAGCAAAGUGAAGUUCAAGACACACUAGCGCUGGUGCAAAAAAAUGCGGAGGCUCUAAUGCAUAUGAGGCCCAUCGUUGCAACGGCAGAACAUUGCUAUAUUUCCGUUGUCAAGAUGAUGGCUACGGCGGGCAUUAAACCAUAUUUACCACAAGGAACCAUGGCAAAUCCACGCGAUACAGACCAAGACGAUGAAAUUUCACCGACGCCGGGGUCCACGGUACAAGAAUCACCGGAAAAUAUAUUGAAUCCACUUGCAAUAUAUCGUAUGGCAAGGACCGCCCUGCACGAAAAGGACGCUCGAACAUCAUCCAAAUCUCCGUCAGCAAUCAUCCAUAUCUCUGCUUCUUCCACUUCCAAGACUUCUCGACAAGAAUUCUACAAUGGGUCUGCAGAAAAUGCUCCAUUCCAUACAGAUGCUCAAACACGUACAUUUGAGUUCUCCAACAGGUCUUCUAUCAUUGAUGGUCCCUUUUAUUUGCCUGAUCAGCAACGGCACAAUCCCUCACUGGCGUGGAACAACUUCUCCCAGCUACGACCAACUGGAAAUGCCGGAAACUGGGACCUUACUGAUCUGGCAAUGAUGGACAUUCUAGACGGUGGAAUCUCUCCAUGGACAGCAGAGUAUCUCACUGAUGGUCAAUCCGGAAUUGAUCCAUUCCUUUUUCCAUUCUGA